UAUAGUCCCCUCAUUGGCUGGAAGUGUAAAUGUCCAGGAAGGGUUACAAUGACAGACACGUGAGGGGCGGAGCUUCUAUAAGGAAGUAGCAAAAAGUCACAGACAAGUAUCUGAGAGCGCGGAAUGCAAUGGAGGAACGGAAUGAGCUGGAGAAACCGUUUCUGGAAACACAGGGAGGAUCAGACGGGAGCAUCGAGAUUAGAGCGGUGCCCCCUGUAAUUUCACGCGUUUACACAGCCUCUUCGUGCCCCGAGUUUCCGGAUUUUCUACCCGAUACAUUACCCAAGCUCCCGGAAGUGCAACAUGUAACAGUAUUAGCGCGUCGCCGCACUUCCCUCAGGCGCCUCCGGUACCGUUUGGCGAGUGAAAUCCCGGGUACAAGCAGCGAACAGCAGAGCAGAGAUCUCCCAAUUCAGAGGGACAGUGACAUGCGCAUAAACCUCAGAAGGUACGACAGCUUUAGCAAAUAUAAUGAGCCCUGGCCUGCACCUGUUCUCUUCCAACAGUCUUCAUUGGCUGAAGCAGGAUUCUACUAUCUGGGGCAUGGGGACCGGGUGCGGUGUUUCUCCUGUGGGGGAGAGUUGGAGAAUUGGGAAUACUGGGAUUUGCCCCUCACCCGACACCAACUCUCCUUCCCUGACUGUCCCUAUGUGCUGGAGCUGGAAGCUAAGAUGUCUCCCAUCAUUGGUCAAAGUCAGCCCCAUAUUAGUAAGAGACUCAGUCCAACUGUUCCUUACAGUUCUGACUAUCCCACUGUACAGGGACUGAUAAAGGACCCGGAUUACAGUAAAGUGGAGUCUAUUACAGAAGGGGAGAGUGAGACAUCAGCGCCCCCCAGUGGCUCCAGUAUCUCAGGGCAGAAACCCCUUGGGACAAUGAGUGAUGAACACAACAGGUUAGAGACUUACCGGAGGCACCGUCACCAUUUCCCUUAUAACAACCAGUGGCGCUUGUCCCGGGCAGGAUUCUACUAUGUGGGGCCUGGGGACUGGGUGCGGUGUUUCUCCUGUGGGGGAGAGUUGGAGAAUUGGGAGGACUGGGAUGUGCCCCUCACCCGACACCAACGCUCCUUCCCUGACUGUCCCUAUGUGCUGGAGCUGAGAGCUGAGAUGUCUCCCAUCUUUGGUCAAUAUCAGCCCAAGAUUAGUGAGAGACUCAGUCCAACUGUUCCUUACAGUUCUGACUAUCCCACUGUACAGGGACAGAUAAAGGACCCGGAUUACAGUAAAGUGGAGUCUAUUACAGAAGGGGAGAGUGAGACAUCAGCGCCCCCCAGUGGCUCCAGUAUCUCAGGGCAGAAACCCCUUGGGACAAUGAGUGAUGAAUACAACAGGUUAGAGACUUACCGGGGGCACCGUCACCAUUUCCCUUAUAACAACCAGCAAAGCUUGUCCCAGGCAGGAUUCUACUAUGUGGGGCCUGGGGACUGGGUGCGGUGUUUCUCCUGUGGGGGAGAGUUGGAGAAUUGGGAGGACUGGGAUGUGCCCCUCACCCGACACCAACUCUCCUUCCCUGACUGUCCCUAUGUGCGGGGGCAGAGAGCUGAGAUGUCUCCCAUCAUUGGUCAAUAUCAGUAUCAGGGUAAGAAGUCUCCAUUGCUCCCUAUGAGUAUGAGACUCAGUCAGACAGUUCCCAGCAGCUCUAAUUGUCCCACUGUACAGGGACUGAUAAAGGACCCGGAUUACAGUAAAGUGGAGUCUAUUACAGAAGGAGAGAGUGAGACAUCAGCGCCCCCCAGUGGCUCCAGUAUCUCAGGGCAGAAACCCCUUGGGACAAUGAGUGAUGAAAACAACAGGUUAGAGACUUACCGGGGGCACCGUCACCAUUUCCCACAUAACAAUCGGCAUAGCUUGUCCCAGGCAGGAUUCUACUAUGUGGGGCCUGGGGACCGGGUGCGGUGUUUCUCCUGUGGGCGAGAGUUAGAGAAUUGGGAAAACUGGGAUGAUCCCCUCACGCGACACCUACACUCCUUCCCUGACUGUCCCAAUGUGCGGGAUUGGAGAGUUAUGUCUCCCAUCAUUGGUCAAAGUCAGUAUCUGCUCCAUAUGAGUGAGAGACCCAGUCAGACCUUUCCCAGCAGCUCUAAUUGUCCCACUGUACAGGGGCUGAUAAAGGACCCGGAUUACAGUAAAGUGAAGUCUAUUACAGAAGGGGAGAGUGAGACAUCAGCGCCCCCCAGUGGCUCCAGUAUCUCAGGGCAGAAACCCCUUGGGACAAUGAGUGAUGAAUACAACAGGUUAGACACUUACCGGGGGCACAGUCACCAUUUCCCACAUAACAACCAGCGAAGCUUGUCCCGGGCAGGAUUCUACUAUGUGGGGCCUGGGGACCGGGUGCGGUGUUUCUCCUGUGGGGGAGAGUUGGAGAAUUGGCAGCCUGGGGAUGAGCCCCUCACCCAACACCGACUCUCCUUCCCUGACUGUCCCUAUGUGCUGGAGCUGGAAGCUGAGAUGUCUUCCAUCUUUGGUCAAUAUCAGUAUUCGCGUAAGGAGUCUCCAUUGCUCCCUAUGCGUGAGAGACUCGGUCAGACAGUUCCCAGCAGCUCUAAUUGUCCCACUGUACAGGGACAGAUAAAGGACCCGGAUUACAGUAAAGUGGAGUCUAUUACAGAAGGGGAGAGUGAGACAUCAGCGCCCCCCAGUGGCUCCAGUAUCUCAGGGCAGAAACCCCUUGGGACAAUGAGUGAUGAACACAACAGGUUAGAGACUUACCGGGGGCACUGUCACCAUUUCCCACAUCACAAUCGGCAAAGCUUGUCCCGGGCAGGAUUCUACUAUGUGGGGCCUGGGGACCGGGUGCGGUGUUUCUCCUGCGGGGGAGAGUUGGAGAAUUGGGAGUUCAGGGAUGAUCCCCUCACCCGACACCGACUCUCCUUCCCUGACUGUCCCUAUGUGCUGGAGCGGAGAGCCAAGACGUUGCCGAUCUUAUGUCGAAGUCAGACUGUAUUUGCCAGUGCUUUUCUUGGUUUAAGUUUAAUUGAUUUCAGUAGCAGUCACAGACCCAGACCUCUGAGUGACCAAGAUACACCUAUGUCCCUCCAUAUGAGGAACGAGGGAGAGAGAUUUCAUUCACCUGUAACCAGCAGCUCUGUGACCCGUUGUCUCAAGUCUGACUCUGCAAAUCAAGAGGAGGUAGCUUCUGGCCAAGAGGAAGAGCUGGGUUUUGGUCAAGCAGAAGGGGGGGCUUCUGGACAAGCGGAGGAGAUGGAUUCUGUAGGACACAGAGAGCAGACAGAAGAGACAUGUGACUGGCCCAGAGGGAGUGCAGAGGAGUGUGAGCUCUGUGGAAAGGCUUCUGAAUUUCCACAAAUCAGACCUGAGAGAACUGGCACCAAAUUCAGGUUAGUUGUGCCGAGGGAAGGUCUCUUCCGUUGCUCAGAGACAGGAUUACAGUUCCGUGUGGAAUCACCGGCUAAUAUUGACAUUGAAAUUGGUUCCUGGGUGGAAUUCCGGGGGCACCUGCACCAAUACACAUAUGAUAUCGUGGGGCCCCUUUUCAAUAUCACAGUCAAAUCUGGGCGAGUAUCAGCAGUGUAUCUGCCCCACUACGUGUGUCUGAAAGGAGGAGACGUGGAUAAAGCAAUGUUUAGAGUGGCUCAUUAUAAAGAUGACAAUAUGAUCCUGGAAUCACCAACCAGAGUUGAGCCUUUUUAUGUUGUUCUGGAAAAUCCCACCUUCUCCCCAGUGGGGGUUAUUAAGUUACAACCAUCACCUAAUGGACGUCGGAGGAAAAUCCCGACUCACGGCGUUGUCAUGUUAUACAGCAGAUACAAAACAGGUUACACCAUUCAUCUCUACUUGAUGCCACGUGAUCUCUCAUUAAAGCAGGCUGUGCACAAUAAGGAGACAGAAAAUGGCUUUUACCGGGUGGACAAACCACCUCAGACCAGCACUAUAUAUACUGAGAAAAUAUACAUUGUGGGGGGACCGGAGGAUGCAGACAUUAUACCAGAGGAGCUUAAGUUGUGUUUAGAUGACAAGUCAGAGCUGUAUCCUUACAGUGAGAUAUACCUUGAGGAAAUACAGGAUAAAAUUUACUUACAAUUAACAUGUCAAGGAGAAAAUACAUCGACAUGGCGAACGCAGCUCAGGACUGAAGACUUGGAAACAAAAACAAAGGUGACUCAAGAUGGGCGGCAUUUUAUUGAUAGGCACCGAGCAGCUCUGAUUGCCAACAUGUCCCACAUUGAUCCAGUCCUGGAUGAUCUCCUGGGUGAUAAGAUCUUGACUCAGGAACAGUACGACACAGUGAGAAGCAAGAGCACUUCCCAGGAGAAGAUGAGACAACUCUAUGACUGUAUAAAGACUUGGGGGAAUGCUGAUAAGGAUGUAUUCUACUUUACAUUGUCUGUACACAACAAAUCACUCAUCAAGGAACUUUUACACAGCUGAGAGUUCAGAUCUACAAAAGAUUAGCCCUUGGAUUUGAUCAUCACAUCCAUUUGCUUCUUCUCGCCACAUUAUGUAACAUUGCUAUUUAGGCUAAAAUCAUAUGAAGCGGUGAAGAUCUGGACUGGACAGGGUGAAGAGGGUGACGAGUCAGGACAGGAGCAGGCUGGGUAGGAAACAGGACAGAGAGGGUCAUUAAUCAGGAGCAGACAAGCAGGAGAGGACUGGAGAGCAGAAAAAGGAAUGGAUAGCAGAAGAGGACUGGAUCAGAAAUGGGAGGUAAAGGCAGAGCAAGAUACAGAGUGAGACGAGGGAAGAUAUAAGACAGGGAUCAAGGUACAAGGCAGAACAGGACAGGAAGCAGAAACAGGCAAGGCAAACAAUCUAGGGUUAAAGCAAGGUACAAGGCAAGAAACAAGAAUACAAAGCAGGAACAGGGAAAAAAGGCUGAAGCAGUAAACGAGAGCUAGGGGCAAGCCACAGUGCUCCGGAAGGCAAAGGUAGAAACAAGGGAGCUGGAAACCUAGCUAGGGGCGCUGCCACAGUACUAAGAAGGCCAAUGCUCAGGGGCGUGGUCUGGUGCUUCAUGUAGGAAGACGUAUUAGAGAGUUGCUCUGGUUCCCGAUCCCAAGCAUCCUGUAAAUAUCAGCAACAUCACCCAACAAAAACGGAUUACAGAGACCUGAACUGGGAGCCCUUACCACGCAGAUCCUUGAUGGGGCAAAACCGGGCACAGAAGCUGCAGCUAAGCUGGAAAGAUUUGGCCGAGAUGCACGGCAAGGCCAAGAUGGCGGCGAUGGGCCUGACCCGACGACGAUCCCCAGCUAGCAGAGCCCACACUUGCAGACCUACUUACCGAAAUUAGGUCCUCCAACGAAGCCUGCACAUCCCUCAUAUGCGCGAAGACCGAGGAGAUAACAGUUAAUCGCUCCAUAUUUAAACUAGACUUCCAAAAGCUGCGAGAGCGCACGGCUACGCUGGAACGCAGAGUAAGCUCAGUGGAGGAUAUGUGUUACCCAAUGCCGGAGCGCAUGCAGCAAAUGGAUAAGGCGAUUCAUGCCUGUGCAAGUAAAUCCGACGAUCUGGAAAACAGGCUCCGUCGCAACAAUCUCCUGUUCAUCGGGUUCCCAGAAAAAGCUGAAGGAGGCUCCCCUGAGAAUUUUAUCGAGUCCUGGCUGGUGGACAAAUUUGGCAGGGAGGCCUUUUCAACUACCUUCGCAGUCGAGCGUGCACACCGGAUACCAUCCAAGGCCCCCAUCCCAGGUGCGGCCCCAAGACCAGUCAUCGCAAGAUUGCUCAACGCCAGAGAUUGCGAUUCAGCGCUGUCUCAUGCCAGGAAGUCGGACACGCUGACCUACAACAACAUCAAGAUCUCCAUCUUCUGCGACUUUUCGGCUGAGGUUCAGCGACAGCGUGCCAGAUUCAUCGAAUCCAAUCGUCGCCUGAGGGAACUCGGUUACAAAUAUGCCAUGCUGUAUCCAGCCCGGUUUAGAGUGAUCGUGGAUAACAGCUCACAUUUCUUUACCUCCCCUCAAGACCUCAGCGACUGGAUUGACAACAAGAAAAAGUGCGAUGCCUAAAAAUCCGGCUGGUCCCAAAGCUGAGAAUACAUCGUCUUAGGGGCAGAGGCGACACUUCAACCAGUUAGUAUAAAUCUACCAUGUUAUUGCAUAAUGUUAUCUUCCGCUAGACUUUCUGGGGCAAAUUCACUAAGAUUCACUAAGACUGAUUGAUACGGGAUCGGGGGGACAGAGUGACUUUUUCUUUUUUUCUGUCUUUUUAUUUUUUCAUUUCCAUUUUUUCCUCGGAACUGUGGUGCUGUCCAUAAAGGUGGCCAGUGCGAAGUUUAGCACUAGGGAGAAGGCCGGCCACGUGCCACACGAUCACCCCCCACGCAAAUGUGUAUGAUAACUAGAAUGGAUGAUUACGGGUUACAAAUCUGCCAGGAGUUGGGGAUCUGGUCAGGUGGGGAGGGGGAACGGCUUUAUGUUCACAAGUCGAGAGGGGUUAUUGUUUCACAAAAAAGGUUCAAAUGUGAUAUUUUUGUCCAACAGAUGCAACCAGGGAUGAAAACAAACAAGAUGCACGAAUGUAUAAAUGGCAUUAAUUUUUUAAAAAGGGAAAAUGACGCAAUUACUUAGCUGGAAUGUCAGAGGGCUUAAUGAUAGCAUAAAACGCAGAUUAGUUAUGGAUUUUGUUAAGAAAGCGGGGGCUAACAUAACUAUGCUACAAGAAACACAUCUAAUUGGCAGUAGGACACUAGCCCUGAAGAGACCCUGAGUGGGCUGGUACUACCAUGCGGAAUACUCCAUCAGGAGUUGCGAUUCUUAUCUCCCGCAAUACACCGUUCAGGGCAGUAACUAUCAAAACUGACCCCAAAGGCAGAUAGAUAUUCAUACAUGGUUACAUCCAAUCCCAAGAGGUAAUUCUAGCCUGUAUUUAUAUACCACAUCCGUACCAGGAUACAUGCUUAUUUUAUUUUGAAAAUAUUUUAUUAGAUUUUCAUGUUAAGCGAUAACAGUAUAGAAACAAAUAUUUUGCAGAUGAAGACAGAAAUGCUGAAAUCGAUACAAUGACAUAGUAUUAUUAAAGACUACAUAUCAUUUAAAGAGACUGACAACAAUGAAUGGAAAUUAAAUAAAAUUAACUAAACUAAA